AUGGAUCAGAAGGAAUUAUCACUCGAUGCCAAUGAACUGGUGAGAAGGUACAAAAGAGAGGGACAUUUCGACAAGAAAAGAAAAGAGCUUCUAGAUCAAUUCAAGCUUAGUCCAGAAUACAAACAACUUCUCGAGUCGCUCAAAUCAGAUGUUGAGUCCAGAGUAAAACAGGAUCCGCUGGUGUUGUUGGAUUCGUCCAAACGUGCCCAGGCUGUUGCAUUGGCAGAAGGAACGGCAACAAGAUCCGGCGCUUCCACUCUCGCAAAUUAUGCUAGGACCACUACGAUCGAAUCACAGACCCUCAAUGCAGCAAUAAAAGAGCAGAUGGAAGAAUUUCUCAAAAGCAACGAGACCAAACCGUAG